AUGACGGACCUCUCGCGGGAACUCUCCGAUUUACUUAACGGGCCCUGCCCUUCGCUGGAUCCGGAACCAUCCGCCUCCCAACCACUGGCUGGCGGCCAAGCAGCCAAGGACGGAAAGAAGAAGAAGCCGGGCAAGCAAGCUCCGUGUACCAUAACCAGACCGACCCCGGACGAUGGAUCUAUUGACCCCCGGGAGACUCCGCGGCAGCCCCCUGACGCUGCACCUAUGGGUGCCAGGGAGGCGGAGAUAGACGUCGGCCAUGCGCCAGGCAUGUUGGAGCUGGCCAACACUGUAUCGACGUUACAGUCGACUGUUCUGUCCCUCCUCCCAAACACCUCUGCAACCACCAACCAGCAGGGAGAUGAUGUGGACGACGAUAUCGAGUGGCUUGUCUCUCAGCAACCCUCCACUCAGGACCGAGCUGAUCAAGGUGUAUUGGGAGAGUACUCCGAACUAGUGGAGAAAGCAGACGAGGUAGUCGGCGCUUCUGUGUCAGAGAAACUGGCCGAGGUGGUUAACAAGUUGAUGUCCACCGGCUUGAAAGAGGACACUCUAAAGGGGAAGUUGGAGGCUUUCCCCCGACCUGAGAAUUGUAAGGCCCUUUCCGCCCCCAGAGUCAACCCUGAGAUUUGGUCUAUCUUAAAGAGUGGAACUCGAAUAUUCGACCACAAACUUCAGAAGACCCAGUCACUCUUACUCAAGGCAAAAUCUCCACUUGCCCGCGCUGCGGAUGGCCUUCUCGAUCCAGAUAAGGCCCCCUCCAUCGACCCACGGCAAACUAGCAAGCUGCUACUGGACGGCAUUGCCAUUUUGGGGGCGGCAAGCCUCGACCUGAGCUCGAGGCAUCGUGAGCUCAUCAAGCCGGAGCUUGAUACGGCUUUUCGCCCGCUAUGCACGGAUAGUGCGGGUUCCUGA